AUGGAUUCGAUCAAACGCAUCGAGGAGUUCCUGGACAACUACAACCAAGAACUAGACUCCCAACAGGUAGCGAUACGAUUGAGCAGACUGGACAAGCUGAUGGAUACCUUCGAGAAUAUACAAGUCAAGGUCAUCAUCAAGGAUCAACUUCUAACGCGGCACGAUGUGAAGUCGAGGCGAACUGAAACAUCAAUCUCGUCCAACUCUGUAUCGGAACCUCGCAGUGUGAAUUACGUGCUGUUCGGCUCGGUUUCCACCGAAAUUCGAUCGCGACUAGAAGAAGUUCCUAUUGAGUGUCUGAUUCUACGCAACAUCACCACAAGCCUACCUGCGGUUACAAUACCGAAAAACAAUUGUUUUAUUCCCGAGGGCAUUGAUCUUGCGGAUCCUGACUACAAUGUGUCGCGGAGAAUUGAUCUGAUAAUCGGAGCUGAACAUUUCUAUACUUUUCUGAAGGGUGACCGGAUGAAUUUGGGUGAAUCGUCACCGACACUUGUAGAAAGCGUGUUUGGCUGGCUGGUGUCAGGAAAAUCAUCGUAUGCUCCAAUUCCCCACCCUCCGCUGUGUCAUAUUUCCACACUAGAAUCGCUCGAUAGGAACAUAGAGAAGUUUUGGCGAAUCGAAGAGGUAGAUACGAAAGUUCUUUCCCCGAUAAAACAACACUGUGAAAACUUCUACAAAAGCACUGUGUCCAGAGAUCCCUCUGGUCGGUAUGUGGUCGAAUACCCUAAAAAGGAUGGAUUUUCUCAUAUGCUGGGCGAAUCUUAUACCAGUGCUGUACGACGGUUGGAAGGUCUCGAAAGAAAGCUGGAGCGGAAUGAGUUGCUGAAAGAAAGGUACCACACCUUUAUGUCAGAGUUCGUUAACCUUGGUCACAUGCGUGAGAUUUCCCUAGAUGAAGAAGCAUCUUCCGUGGCCUAUUUUCUCCCAGUUGUAAAAGAAGCGAGUAUGACCACGAAGGUCCGUGGCGUGUUCGACGCUUCAGCGAAAACUAGUACAGGUUACUCCCUUAAUGAUGGAUUGCUAAUAGGUCCUGUGCUACAAGAUGAACUGUAUCUGAUUAUUCUCCGAUUCCGAAGGUAUAAAGUAGUUUUAUUGGCGGACAUCGAAAAGAUGUACCGCAUGGUUCGUAUCCAUCCAGAUGAUCAGCCUCUUCAAUGCGUACUGUUUCGCUUCAGUAAAGUUGCUCCUAUAACCAAGUACGUCCUCACUACAGUAACAUAUGGAUUGUCUCCAUCGUCGUUUCUAGCAACCCGUACUCUCCAUCAGCUUGCAGAAGACGAAGGAAGUUCGUAUCCUCUCGCUGCUGAUGCCUUGAAGUAA